UUCUUAGUAGGUUUCAUUAGGGUUUUCCUCUGAGGAUAAGUUAUUCUUUACUCUUUACAGGCACGACUCACGUGGAUCACUUGUUUAAGAAGAAAUAAGUAUUCCAAUUAUUUUAAAUAUUUCCACCCAGAAUGGGUAAGUUAAACGUGACAGUGUUACGUUAUUUGAGUAAAGAAGAUUUUCGCGUUUUGACCGCGAUUGAAAUGGGGAUGAAGAACCACGAACUGGUUCCCGGCUCUCUCGCAGCACAGAUAGCAAAUCUACACCAUGGCGGGGUCCACAAGAUCCUCAGAGAUCUCUGCAAGAAUAGGCUACUCUCUUACGAAAGGGGCAAGCGCUAUGACGGUUACAGGCUCACCAACUCUGGAUAUGAUUAUCUUGCGUUGAAGGCACUGACGUCUAGAGGAACUGUAGCAUCUUUUGGCAAUCAGAUCGGAGUGGGUAAAGAAUCCAACAUUUACAUCGUAGCGAAUGAAGAUCAUGAAGAGAGGUGUCUGAAGCUACACAGGCUGGGCCGUAUUUGCUUCCGUAACAUCAAAGAAAAACGGGAUUACCAUGGCAAACGGUAUAAAGCCUCGUGGCUUUACCUGAGCAGGAUAUCCGCGAUGAAAGAGUUCGCUUACAUGAAGGCUUUGAAAGACAGAGGCUUUCCUACACCCGAGCCCCUUGACAUGAAUCGGCACUGUAUUGUAAUGGAACUUAUCGACGGCUUUCCUUUAGCUCGGCUCUAUGAAGUUCCAGAUGUCGAAGAGCUCUACUCUGAUUUGAUGGACCUCAUCGAAAGGCUGGGCAACUGCGGUGUCAUCCACGGCGACUUCAACGAGUUCAACAUUAUGAUCCACAAAGAAACAGGAAAACCAAUUUUGAUCGAUUUCCCCCAGAUGGUCUCCACAAAUCAUUACAAUGCGAAAAUGUUUUUUGAAAGGGACGUCAAUUGCAUUAGAGAUUUCUUUAAAAGGAGAUUCGGUUAUGAAUCAACUGAGUAUCCAAAGUUUGAGGAUGUUUCAAGAGAGGAUAUUUUAGACAUCGAAGUAUCCGCAAGCGGUUUUACCAAACAGAUGGCCGAGGAUUUACUUAUGACUAUGGAAAAUGAAGACGAAAACGAAUGUUCUGAUGUUGAAGAAUAUAAUGAUGCAAUAUCAGACAACGAGGUAGAAAAUCUGAAGCUGAUGGUAGACGAGGCAUUGAAAUUUGGUGAAAAAUCCCCAAACAAUUUCAAUGAUAUCUUGGAAGUCUCUAAACAAGCCGCUUUUGACAGUAUUGAUCAAAAAUCAGAAUUUGACGAUAGGUUUUCAGAUAUUGGAAGCAUAUCUACAACCGCAUCUACAAUACCACCUGAAAUUAUCAGAGAACGAGUUAAAAAGGCACUGGAAAAGAGACAGAAAGAAGGAAAUAGACGAAUUCUUGUUAAAGGAGAAGCGAGUGCAGUUACAAGGAAAAGGAGAGAAAACAGGGAAAAUAUCAGAGACUCCGCUGGAAUCUGGGGUUGGGAAGACUAAGAUUUAUUUUCAAAAAGUACAUUUGUUUUAUACAUUUAUGUUUGUUUAUAUUUUUUUGUAAAU